AUGAUUAUAUUUGACGUAGAUUUGCAAGAGGGUGAAAAUUUGUCCGCCACUCACAUAGAAAAUGAAAAGGAAAAAGAAGUGCAAAUAGAUUUCUCCGAUGCCAAUGUUGAUGUCGAUUUUAUUCCCGAUCUCAAUCUAACUCCGCCUUCAAAUUUGGAGAGAGAGUUGCUUCAUGAAAAAAUCGACUUGAAUGAGCCAUAUGAUGUAGAAGAUACACGUGAAGAAUUCGAAAUAUUUGAUGAAACAUUCGACUUGAAUGAGCCAUGUGAUCUAGAAGAUACACGUGAAGAAUUCCAAAUAUUUGAUGAAGCAUCCGACUUAAAUGAAUCAUGCGUAGAACAUUCUUCAAAUUUGGAAAUAGGAUUGGUUCAUGAAAAUAUAGAAGAAGUUAACAGUGGGGCUAGUGAAAAUGAAGAACAAGAAGAAGUCAAUAGCAUGACUAAUGAACCUGAAGAAGCACAAAAUGAACAUAGACAUGGCCACUCAACUUGUUUCUCCAAUGACAUGCGUAGAGAAAUUUGCAACGUCCUUUUACAAAAAAGUAUUGAUGACAAAUUGAAGUAUGGAACAUUAGGUACAUUGGCUUCUCAAUUCUCUAUUUCCAUUCGAACCAUUCAACGUAUUUGGAAAUCAUUGAAAACUGAUGGUGAUAUAUAUCAUAAAAAAAGAAAUUGUGGACGUAAAAGAAUAUAUAAUGAUUUAGCUCGGAUUGAGGAGAUUCCUUUGCAUGAUCGCACAACCCUUGCGUCAUUAGCAUGUUCUAUGAAAAUGAGUAAAAGCACGUGUGUUAGACUUUUACAAUCCGGAGCUAUAAAGCGGCAUUCAAAUGCGAUUAAGCCUUUUUUGAAAGAAGAAAAUAAAAAAAGUCGGUUACAAUUUUGCAUUUCAAUGCUUGAGGAGGAUAGCAUACCACAUGAUCCAAUUUUUAAGGGAAUGUACAACAUUGUUCAUAUCGACGAAAAGUGGUUCUAUAUGACCAAAAAAAAAGAGAAUUAUUAUUUGUUACCAAAUGAGGAUGAGCCGCUACGCACUUGCAAGAGUAAAAAUUUUAUCGGCAAAGUCAUGUUUCUAGCAGCUAUAGCUCGUCCAAGAUUUGAUGCUGAAGGUAAUGAACUAUUUUCUGGGAAGAUUGGUGUGUUUCCCUUCGUUACUCUAGAGCCCGCAAAAAGAAGCAGUGUUAAUAGAGUUGCAGGUACAUUGGAGUUAAAACCAAUACCAUCAGUAAAUCGAGACAUUGUUAGGUCAUUUUUGAUUGACAAAGUUUUACCUGCCAUCAAGGCAAAGUGGCCAAUAGAGGACUCGAGGAGUCCAAUUUUUAUCCAACAAGAUAAUGCAAGGACGCAUAUUAAUUUUGAUGAUGUGGAAUUUUGCCGAUCAGCUAGAGAAGAUGGUUUUGACAUUCGUUUGAUGUGUCAACCUCCAAAUUCUCCCGAUUUAAACAUAUUAGAUCUUGGAUUUUUUAGCGCUAUUCAAGCUUUGCAAUACAAGGAGUCGGUUAAAAGUAUUGAUGAGCUUGUCAAUGCCGUUUACAAAUCGUUUGAAACUUUCUCCACAGUCAAAUCUAAUCGCAUAUUUUUAACUUUACAAAUGUGCAUGAUAGAAAUAAUGAAGGUGAAAGGUGCUCAUAAGUAUACAAUUCCACAUAUGAACAAGGAAAAGAUGGAGAAUGACGGCAAUCUUCCGACUCAGUUAAAGUGUGACGGUGCAUUGCCUAGGCCAGCAGUCUAUGAUGCCCCUACUGAAUCAAACUAUCAAAUCAUAAUCGCCGCCGCCACCGAGAAAUUAACAAACAAUGAUGAUCAAAUUAUUGCAUCCCUAAAUGGCUCCUUGCAGUGUGCUAACUCGGAAAUAAAAACUGUGGAUCAUACAAAAAUAGAGAGGUUGAUGAGUAUUCCCGGAAGGUAA